GGCACCAAAUGUCAAAUCAACGCCCCACGCGCAUUCGGCCCAAAUUGCUUUAGAGGGCAGCCUUCCUCCGGCUCCAAAAGAAAUGCAGUCCCUGGAUACGUGCCCUUUAAGAGGCGGACACGGAGGGGCGGGGCUCAAACCAAAACCCCGCCCAGGUAGAGAGGGCAUGCGCAUUGGCCACGCGGUUCCGGGUUCGGCUUUGGGAUCCCCAAGUCUUUCGCAGAUAAUUUGAGGUUCGGAGAGGGAGCGACCGCCCCCGAUACCUACCUAUUGUUUCACUUUCCUGGACCCACUGUGAAAGGCCUGGCGUCGGACCGUUGGCAGUUUCCCCGAAGUCCCCAAUUUACAACCAAGGGGACUGAUCGAGGAGACAUUUAGGACUGGAGCGGGCGCGGCAAGGAUGGGUCUGGUCCUGUAGUGCAGGUGAGGACGUGCAGACUCAGAGCGUGGACGGGGUCGCGCCGCUGUGGCUCUGUUGGCGCCGGGAUUCGAACCGAGGGUGCGCCCAGCUCAGCUCUGCGAGGCCUUGUAGAGGCGAGAUGACCCACUCUUUGGUUUGUGGGGAAACAGUGACCAGGGUGAGUUCGGUGCUGAAUCGCAACACCCGGCAGUUUGGAAAGAAGCACAUGUUCGACCAGGACGAGGAGACGUGCUGGAACUCCGACCAAGGCUCCUCGCAGUGGGUGAUCCUCGAGUUUCCCCAGCGCAUCUGUGUUUCACAGCUACAGAUCCAGUUCCAGGGGGGCUUCUCCAGUCGCCGGGGCCACCUGGAAGGUUCCCAGGGGAAGGAGGCGCUCACUAAGAUCGUGGACUUCUACCCUGAGGACAACAACUCACUUCAGACCUUCCCUGUGCCAGCUGCCAAGGUGGACCGGCUGAGAGUGACAUUUGAGGAUGCCACUGACUUUUUUGGCCGCAUGGUCAUCUACCAUCUGCGGGUGCUGGGGGAGAAGGCGUAAGGCUACGGGAGGCUGCCUUCUCCAGGAAGCCUUGGGGAAGCAUAGCAACGUGUUCAAGUUCUGCACAGAAGGUUUAUUGGUUCCUCUUAGGAAGGGUCCCCUCCCACCAUCUGUCCAGGAGCUGCCUUUGAAGCCAGUUCUGGGUUCCCCCAGCUCUGGGUCAACCAGUUUGUUCCCUGAGUGUCUGAGUCCCUGGCAGGUGGCCUUCACUCAGGAUCAGUGGGCACCAGGUUGCUCUGGAAAAGCUUGAGGAUGUGGUUCUCGAUCACCUGUUGCACUGAAAACAGGACAGGGACAAGUCGGGCCAUGAACCGAGUGGAGGCUGCAGAGACAUGGGCCCACGGUGUGCGAGCUGGGGUGUGCUACCCUGAGAACUGCCCCCUCCCCAUGGGAUGAACAGAGGCGUCCCAGCCCUGGCACCUGGGUGGAGGACCCACUUCCUACGUGGGGACGUCCAGAUCCUUCCCAAGCACAGCUGGGAAGGCCGAGGCCCCCAUCUCAGGAACCUCAACUUCCCCUGUUUGUAAAAAUGCAUUUCUAGAGUCUGCAGAAUCAUAAAAAUCUUUCUUACCCAACAAAA